AUGGCAUGUGACAUGGUUUAUGGCAUAUGGGAGAGCUCCAUUCAAAAGCUACCCAAAUACUUGGGAGCUCUCCAAAAAUAUAAUCCAGGAACGAUUGUUGAAUGGCAACAUAAAGCCCGCGACACAUCAACCGGUGCAUAUGUGAUAGGGUACUCCCUCUUGCUUUUGCAAUUGUCGAUGAAGAAUCACAUUUAUCUUGGAAGUGGUUUCUUAAACAAUUCAGCAGACACAUUAUACGAGGGCGACGGGGUAUCUGCCUUAUUUCUGACCGCCAUGCUGGUAUCACAAGAGCGAGGGCGACGGGGUAUCUGCCUUAUUUCUGACCGCCAUGCUGGUAUCACAAGAGCUGUACGUGAAUGUCUGAAUUUCGUGCCACCUAACGGCGUGCACCGAUAUUGCUUGCGACGUGUGUGUUCCAAUUUCAACAGUAAACACAAAAAUGUUGUGUUGAAGGAUCUUUGUUGGAGAGCUGGCUCUGAAUAUCAAAUUAGAAAAUUCAAUCGCAUUAUGGAGGAGAUAAAGAGCCAGUCACUAGAGGCGUUUCAGUGGUUAGAGAGGAUCGACAAGGAAAAAUGGACAGCAUCACAUGACGGUGGAUGGCGAUGCGGAAUUCUGACGACAAAUAUGUCGGAAUGCAUAAAUGGAGUAUUGAAAGGGGCUCGCCGCCUACCGUUGACAGCAAUUGCUGAAAUGACGUUUCAGCGAAGUGUCCAUUAUUUCCGUGAGAGGUUAGCAAGAAGUACUGUAAUGUUGGCCAACAACCAACUGUGGACGGAUUUUGCAUAUAAGAUGUUCACAUGUUGGCAUCAAAAUUCUGUUGAACAUACCAUCACCAAAUACCAUCAGUUCCAGCAGUCCGCCUCGGUUGUUACAAGACGUCCCGGUGGACAUGGAGUUAACACCCAUGUUGUCAAAAUUGCGAAUCGAGAAUGUUAUUGCGGCAAAUGGACUCAAUUUGGUAUUCCUUGCAGUCACGCUCAAAAGGUAUGCGCUGCAUACAUGAUUAAUGCUGCAUCAAUGGUGAAGGAUUAUUACGAUAUAAUGACUUAUAAGAAUACAUAUUCUAAGUCAUUUGAACCUGUGCAUUCCGAAGAUUAUUGGGAUGUACCGGGAUUUGAGUUGGUCCACGAUCCUACUAUUCGCAUCUCUUCGCGCCCUGGUCGAAAUCAAACAACACGUAUUCACAACGAUAUGGAGUGGGCGUAA